CCUCGUCCUGUGCAAAAGCGAAAUGGCCAGAUCCAUGAACUUCUCACGUGGUUUAAAUGCGGAGCUGGUGCAACCCUAUAACUUCGAGAUGUCGCGGGACUUAAGGCCCUUUUUGGAGGAGUACUGGGUUACCUCGUUCCUUAUAGUUCUCGUCUAUCUGUUGCUCAUCUUCGUGGGCCAGAACUACAUGAGACCACGGAAGAGCUUCAGCUUGCAGGGGCCUCUCAUCCUCUGGUCCUUCUGUCUGGCCAUAUUCAGUAUCCUGGGUACAGUGAGGACAUGGAAGUUUAUGGGAACACUGCUAUUUACACGGGGCCUCCAGCAAACUGUGUGCUUCGCCAACUACAUCGAUGACACCAUAGUCAAAUUCUGGUCCUGUAUCUUUGUUCUCAGCAAGGUUGUUGAACUCGGAGAUACGGCCUUCAUCAUCCUGCGUAAGCGGCCUCUCAUCUUUAUCCACUGGUACCACCACAGCACUGUGCUCCUGUUCACGAGCUUUGGAUUCAAGAACAAGGUGCCUUCAGGUGGCUGGUUCAUGACCAUGAACUUCGGGGUACAUUCUAUCAUGUACACCUACUACACUCUGAAAGCUGCCAAGGUGAAACAUCCUAGCAUGCUACCUAUGGCCAUCACCAGCUUGCAGAUCCUGCAGAUGGUUAUGGGAACCAUCGUUGGCAUCCUGAAUUACAUCUGGAGGCAGGAAAAAGGGUGCUACACCACGACGGAACACUUCUUCUGGUCCUUUAUGCUAUACGGGACCUAUUUCCUCCUUUUUGCUCACUUCUUUCACCAAGCCUACCUCAGACCCAAGAGCAAAGCUAAGUCCAAGAGCCAAUGAGAGCUGAAAGAAAAGAUGGAACCUCGGGCUUUCCUCCGUGGCACUAAGGGUUAGGUGUGGGAGAAUGAUUAGGGUACCUUCCCUGUCUGGUUCCCCCAUGGGACUUGUACCCCAAAGUGGCAGGAAGCUAUGACAACCAAGAAAUGUCAUCCUUUGAUCUUUCUGCCUUUAAUGU